AAACCGGAUGCUCCGUCAUGCUGCUGGACUAAGGGCUAGCAGCUAGUUGACUGUGAUUAACAGUGCAGAGCGGACGGAGAUCCUGAGCCUUCUCUCAUGCUGUUGCUCGGCUUAAGAAGAAGCUCCUAGAAGCUGCCCGUGCACGCGCACAGUCUCCAUGGCUACGGAAGAGUUCUACGAGGUGAAGCAAGUUAAUGCUAACCUGCUAACUGAAACUACUUCGGAGUUCCGAGUCGAGCGCAUCGUGGAUAAGAGGAAGAACAAGAAGGGGAAGGUGGAGUACCUGGUCAGGUGGAGAGGUUAUGGCUCAGACGGAGACACCUGGGAGCCCGAGACUCACCUUUCCACCUGUAUGAUCUAUGUCCAAGACUUCAACCGCCGGUACGCCGAGUGGCAGAGGGACACCACCUUGCUGCGCUCUACUCGCAGAUUCCCCAGCCACCGCUUUAGCCCCGCCCACCGGUUGCCCUGCAGGCCCCCGCCCUCCGCCACGGCCCGUGGUAGCGUCAACAGUGACAUCAUCGGAGGUCUACCUAGGGUAUAUGACCAGGGUCAUAUGUCCCCCUCUGGACUGAAGCACCUGACCUCCGUCAGCUCGCAGCAACGCUUCGGCAGCCUUCUGAUGACGGCGUCUCCGGCCAGCACGCCCCGCCGCAGCGUGGACCUUUCCAAGACCGGCAUCAAGAUCCUGGUCCCCAAGAGUCCCAUGAACAGCCGCCUGGACUCUGAGAACUUUACGAGCGAGGUGGCUCACAGUCUGGAGGCGGGAGCUCAGGAGGCUCACCUGGUCCCACCCGAGGUCGCCCUGCUGGAGAAACCCGCCGGGGUCCAGCUCGGUCCUGGAGAGGAGAGAGCCCGCAUGGGGACCAGACCCCGUGGCCAGAACCCCCUGCCCCCGCCGCGAGUACCCGUCACACCCGCUGCGAUGCGCUCCCUCGGUGGCACAGAUACCUCGACAUCGACGGAGGUUGCCACUGGGAUGUCAGGUGGGCACAGUGCUGUUACCGGGACGACCAGUGUGACGGGGAAGCGCCGUCUGGAGGAGCGCUCCGCUUUUGACAAACGUCUGAGGGUCAGUGUUCGACAAACAGAGAGCGCUUACCGCUACCGGGACAUUGUGGUGAAGAAACAAGAUGGCUUCACUCACAUCCUGCUGUCAACCAAGAGCUCAGAGAACAACACGUUUAAUCCUGAGGUGAUGAAGGAGAUCCAGAGUGCUAUGGCGACGGCAGCAUCAGAUGACAGUAAGCUGGUUUUACUUGGCGCCGUCGGCAGCGUCUUCUCUUGCGGCCUGGACUUCCUGUACUUCAUCAGGCGGCUGACGGAGGACAGGAAGAAGGAGAGCAUCAAGAUGGCUGAAACCAUCAGGACCUUCGUCAACACCUUCAUCCAGUUCAGGAAGCCGAUAGUGGCGGCGGUCAAUGGGCCGGCCCACGGCCUGGGUGCCGCCAUCCUGCCUCUCUGCGACGUGGUGUGGGCCAAUGAGAAGGCCUGGUUCCAGACGCCGUACGCCUCCUACGGCCAGACGCCGGACGCCUGCUCCUCCUUCACAUUCCCCCGCAUCAUGGGCCUCGCCUCGGCCAACGAGCUGCUGCUCAGCGGCAGGAAGUUGACCGCGCUGGAGGCGUGUUCUAAAGGGCUGGUGUCUCAGGUGCUGUGGCCAGGGACCUUUACACAGGAAGUGAUGCUGCGGAUCAAAGAGCUGGUGGCGGUCGACUCGCAGGUUCUGCGCGAGUCCAAAGCGCUAAUGAGGAACACCAGCCGCAGUGCCCUGGAGCAAGCCAACGAGCGCGAGUGUGAAGCCCUGAAGCGGGUCUGGGGCUCGCUGCAGGGGACCGAUUCCAUCCUGCAGUACCUGCAGAGAAGCACCGAGUUCUGCUAGAACCUGGACUAGCCCCUCUGACUCGGCACAUUCUGAGCAGAAACGUGUUGUAAACAUUUAAGUUAUAAUUGUAUCAGAACGGUGACACAUUUCUGUAUCCUCUUGUUCUCCUUGGAAGUCAAAUGUUUACUCACCUGGAAGGUUCCAUCCAGGUGUCUCUGCUUAGCUAGGCUAGCAGUUCCCCCCCCCACUUCCAGUGUUGGCGCUAAGCUAGGCUAACCGCCCUGCACCCUCGUGUGUGCUGGGUUAUGGUUCCAGACGUUGUUACAUCACACAAUGCAGAGGACCGGAGAGACUGAAGCGGAGCUGCCCUUUGACCUUCUGGAAGGAGCAGUGACCCUGAUGCUCAAAGGUUUGAUGGUUUCUCCACUCGAAGCCAUCCUUCACCGGAGCGCUGAUGGACAGCUUUUCAUUGUGCAGCAGGCUCACUGAUGAAUUAUGGGUAAAAUAAACACCGCAGGAGACUUAAGGUGUGGUUUGUACACCAGAAUCUCAUCAGGUUAUUAAUCUCAUGUGUAAAAUUAAACACAAUCAGUAAAUCUUUUAUUUCAUUUCAAAUGAA